AUGAUCCUGUGGGGUGAGGCCGGUAUGUUCGUCAUGGCUGUGCUGAUGACGGUGGCGUUCCUGGUGGACGUGCCUGCGCUGUCCAUCGUGUUCACCGCUCUGUACGUAAUCGCGUUCGGUGUGACGCUGGGUCCUCUCGUGUGGGUGAUCACGGCGGACCUGUUCCCGGAUUCGGUGCGUGCCACAGCCACGUCCAUCGGCAUUGGUGCCAACUGGCUGUGCAACCUCAUCGUCGGUGUGGCAUACCCGUACAUCGCCGACGCUCUGGACGACUACAGCUACCUGCCGUUCGUGGUGCUUCUGGCCAUCUUUUAUCUGUUGUCACUGAAGUUGGUCCCGGAGACGUCGAACAAGUCUGCGGAGGAAGUGCAACGUGAGUACGAGGAGCGCUACCGCAGCCGUCAGUAAGGUCGGGGGUGUUUGUGUCUUUAUUUCAGCAAAUAAAGGUCGAUUGUGUUCGUU